AUGGAAAAGUUUGGUUUCCACCUGUUCGAGCUAUUUCGGACGUCGCAAGACACUCUUAAGGAGGCCGAAUGCGCCAUGAAAUUCACAAUAUUAAUCCAGAUGGAGUCGUUGUCUACCCCGCCAACUCAGCAGCAGAGAACCCCACGCCCUUUUAUAGGCUAUGUAGCCACCACCGUAGAUGCUCUCCGCCUGGUGAUAGCGGCCAGGGCUGGGUAUCUUCCCAGGAUUACUCGACGACUAAAUGAUGCAGAGCGACGGUCGAUGAUUCAUAGUGGUUCCGUGUUCGUAUUUUGCACGGAAGAGUGCGGGAUACAUCGGUGGACUGAAGGAUUAGCAUGGACUCCCAGUCGGAUAGGUAGGCACCGUUCGGUCACUGGGUGUUUGCUAUUCGCGUCCAUACUGACGCUUCGAAUCCAAGACGGCAAUUUCCUGUCAUAUCGCGAGGUUACAUCCCCGAUAGAAAGGAACAGUUACCGAGCAUCCAUGGCCAGUGGCAGUCUGACUUCCACUACAGAAGUUUCAUCUUCCCCUCAUGUCAGGAACGAGGUGGGACAGAUCAAGCCUGGAGGUCUGAUAAAGAGGACCAUCACCAUCAAGGUCGACAACGCAGACAGCCAUGUCAUCUCAUAUUUCAGGGAGGAGGACAUCCAGAGCGGACACCUCCAGAGGCCCUGCUAUUCCAGGCGCGAUAUCGCAUCCGUAAUCAUUCCGCUCAGUACGGUCCACCAAACGAAGUUUAGGCAUCCUCCCCGUAUCAGUAUGGGCCCAAACAAUAUGGCGACUAUCCACGACGAUGAAGAAACAGUCAUGGAGAACAGGAACGAUCCCUCGCGGUCAUCAUCUUCCCCGCAAACAGGGUCCUCAAACCGAGAUCGUCCCCACGCCGUCGACGCCUCUCACGCUCUGACUCUUCAGCGCUCUCCACCGACCUACAACCGAAACCCAUCGGGCCUCGCAGCUGCCCGGGACGACCGUUCCGACUGGCCGUCUCAUCAGCCCACGUCGAACUCAUCUUCGCAUCGUCGUCGGUCUUCGACUCUAUCUCAUUACGCCUCAGCCCAGCAAAACCCCGACUACGCCAUUGAGAGGCCGUCACGUCACACACCCUCCCUCCUAGCGCAGCAGUCCACCCAUGCAGACGAUCUCCAACCCGGCUUCGUCUACCUCGAAGCUCAGCACGACCAAGGCCACCAACAAUCCUCGUAUCAACCCAUCCGCAUAGGCACCGACUCGGGCUCCUCCUCCCGCUAUACGUCAGUGGGCUACGAUGCGCCUCACUCUCGCGACGACUACAGAGCUCCAGGUGUAGACGCCUACCGUACCACUCAGUCGCAGGCGGUGUGGGCUCCCCCGCCGCAACGACACGGCACGAGCACGAGUUCAUACUCCGCUUACAACGAGGCGCUUCAAGGGACGGGCCAGUACUACCAGAGCGCUGAUGAAUGGUCGGGGCGUCAGUAA